GUAGCAUUUCCACUUUGGAACACAAACUAAUUGAGCUUACGUUGUCACCUUCUGCUCCAGACACAUGGUUGUAGGAGGAAUUUUGAUUAUACAGAAAUAUGUUCAGGCAGCUAAUUCUCCUGACUUAGCAGAAUUAAGUCUCCAUGUGCUAUGGAGAGAUAGUGGCAUUUCCGAGGAAGAGGGAGAGUCUGUUUAAAAUGUAUGGGGCAGAUAAGGAUACACUGCAGUUAUGGGGGAUGGAGACACUAGAAUAGAAAGCAGAGUUGGGUGUAGGAGAGCGGUCAGACCCCAGGGGAUACUUUUCUCCUUUUCGAGACAUGGUCUCAUCAUGUAGACCUUGCUAGCUUAGACCUCACUGUGCAGACCAGUCUGGCCUGUCUCUGCUGUCUGAGUGCCAGCACUAAAGGCGAGGGCCACCACACUCAGCCCCCUCAUCGAAGACCUUUGAUUUUGAUUUCAAACCUGGAGGGCACCUUCUCCAGAAGGCAGAGGCGUAACAUUGGCAUUGCGUUCUGAAGCUGUCGAGUAUGUGCCAUCCUUACCUUCUUCCCCCUUCUGCCUUUCCAGAUUUCCAGGUACACCAAGCUCGGCUACGCAGGCAACACUGAGCCACAGUUCAUUAUUCCGUCAUGUAUUGCCAUCCGAGAGUCGGCAAAGGUAGUUGACCAAGCCCAGAGGAGGGUGUUGAGAGGAGUUGAUGACCUUGACUUCUUCAUAGGGGAUGAAGCCAUUGAUAAACCUACCUACGCUACCAAGUGGCCUAUACGACAUGGCAUCGUUGAAGACUGGGAUCUUAUGGAAAGGUUCAUGGAACAGGUGGUCUUUAAGUAUCUCCGUGCCGAACCUGAGGACCAUUAUUUUUUAAUGACAGAACCUCCACUGAACACACCAGAGAACAGAGAGUACCUUGCAGAAAUCAUGUUUGAAUCAUUUAAUGUACCAGGGCUCUACAUUGCAGUACAGGCAGUGCUGGCCCUGGCGGCCUCUUGGACAUCCCGGCAAGUUGGUGAACGCACCCUGACGGGGAUAGUCAUAGACAGUGGAGAUGGCGUCACCCAUGUUAUCCCGGUGGCAGAAGGUUAUGUAAUUGGAAGCUGCAUCAAACACAUCCCAAUUGCAGGUAGAGAUAUUACGUAUUUCAUUCAACAGCUGCUAAGGGAGAGGGAGGUGGGAAUCCCUCCUGAGCAGUCACUGGAGACCGCAAAAGCCAUUAAGGAGAAGUACUGUUACAUAUGCCCUGAUAUUGUCAAGGAAUUUGCUAAAUAUGACGUGGAUCCCCGGAAGUGGAUCAAACAGUAUACAGGGAUCAAUGCAAUCAACCAGAGGAAGUUCAUUAUAGAUGUUGGUUAUGAGAGGUUCCUGGGACCAGAAAUAUUCUUUCACCCUGAGUUUGCCAACCCAGACUUUAUGGAGUCCAUCUCGGAUGUCGUUGAUGAAGUCAUACAGAACUGUCCCAUAGACGUGCGCCGACCGCUGUAUAAGAACAUCGUUCUCUCUGGAGGCUCCACAAUGUUCAGAGAUUUUGGACGCCGUCUGCAGAGAGAUUUGAAGAGAGUGGUGGACGCCAGGUUAAAGCUGAGCCAAGAGCUCAGCGGGGGCAGGAUAAAGCCUAAGCCUGUGGAGGUGCAGGUGAUCACACACCACAUGCAGCGCUACGCCGUCUGGUUUGGAGGCUCUAUGCUCGCCUCGACUCCGGAGUUCUUUCAGGUCUGCCACACCAAGAAGGACUAUGAGGAAUACGGCCCCAGCAUCUGCCGCCACAACCCCGUCUUCGGAGUCAUGUCCUAGUGUCUGCCUCAGAGCCAUUGUCUUGACAGUGUCCUGUUGGGGAAUAAGUGUCCUUCAGAACCCAGAGCAGCCUUGGCUCCUGUACAUAGCAGUGUGGAAUCAGUGUGUGAGCAGCGUGAUUUCAUGGCCGGUGCUCGGGGCCGGGCACAGUCUUCCCAGUAAAGCCAUUUAUCCGGUGCGACUGUUCGUGGUCCUCCUCCCAUCCCCCUCCCCUCCUGCCCCUCCCACUCUCUCUCCUUUCCACCUGAGCUUCUAGGCGAGCAUAGCUCUGAAGGAGUCCAUUGCAACCUUAGAAACUACCAGAGGAACACGUGAUGCAAGUGGUUUCUCCGGGACAGACUGAAGGGUGGAGGAACCCUGGCCUUCCCAGCCUAUUUUUGUAAAUAAAAUGUUAUAAACUUGAAAUACAAAUUGAUGUUUAUAUUUCCUAUCAUUUUGUAUUUUAUGGCAUUUGGUAUAACCGGCUAAUAUUAAGCAUGAGUAGUCACAGAGUUCAUGGAUGUCACAGAGUUCUGUAAUAAAGUGCUUAAUUGUGAGGCAUGCUCUGAUGUCUGUACAGGCAAGUAAAACAGCAGGCCCAAUGCCACAUGUCUGCUGGGCAGUGAUCACAUGUUGGUGGGGUGGUGUGACAUCUGGGCACUCACCAGGACUGGGUGGGAGUUGCUACAGAUGGAUCUGAACUUCCUGAAGCUGCUUUAUAGAAGAUGAUGGUUUAUGUUGUUGAGUGUGGGAUGAAAUACUAUUGCACUGUUGUAAUAAAAGCUGCUAGAAUCUUUACAA